AGUAAAACACACAGUUUUAUUUCUAUACAAUCUUUAUGUAACCUUAGUAACAUGCAAUCAGUAGGCAUAGCAAAAGGCUUAUAACAUACAGAUAGGUUCAGACUUGUCAAUGGAGUCAAUGGGCCAUACUAUAUUUUUCCCACUUCAUACUUACAUUGUACAAAGUCUGGGUAAUAGCGUUGAUUCAUGAACAAACUGUAGACAAGAUGGCUAAGUGUACAUAAGCUAUUUGGCAUUUUGCAGGAUGUAUAUGCACAGUUUUGCUUGUACACUAUAAGCUAAGAGGUAACAGCUUGAAAAGAAUGAUGUAACAGUUGUAACUUCUUUUCUAUGAAGGAUUUGAAGAAGAGGAAGCUGAGUUAAAACAGGAUGUUUGUAUCACUGGACAUGUUUUCUUCAGACGUGCGGAACCUCUUUUCAAAUGGAGGAUCACAGAAGAAUGGCACAUUUCUUUCAUCUAUGUAGUUCCCAGAAUAAGGACAAUAAGCUUAAUGAAGGAAGAAAAAGGCUUUUUAUACUUUAUCGGGAACAUCAUGUAAAAGUUAGGUAUAAAUGUGGAACCUCUUUUCAAAUUGAGGAUAAGUGGAGAAUGGCACAAUCUUCAUCUAGAUCACAUAAUUUGGACAAUAAGCUGUAUCAAGAAACAAUGAGGCUUUUUUAUUUAAUGAGGAACAAGGUUGGGUAUAAAUGUGGAGGAAACAAUCCAGCUGCAUCACAAAUUCAUCAGGGUUGAACAGAAGAGGCACAGUCAAUCCAGGCACUUGAGGGAAGGACUCAGGCUCUGGGGAGGGAAUUCUUUCCUGAGUGGACGGCUGCCUCCUGGCAACAACCAGGGGAGGAGAAGCCCUCCAUCUGUGAUCCGUCCCUGAAUGUGGUUCUAGCAGCAGUGAGGAAGCUUACAGACAUCACUCAAGACAGAGUCAGUAAGAAACUCUGACACAGUCCUGCGACUUUCCAGACAACAACAGCUCCACAACAUGAGAACUACAGGAAGACCGGGACCUUUCACAUACAUACCGGUACUGUUCAAUCUAAUGGUAUGUCUGUCCCCAUGUUCCAUUCAUGCAUGCCCCUACAACAUCCUAGGAAGAGUCAACUGCAGGCAGAAGAACCUAUUGGCAGUACCAAGCGGGAUUCCGGCCUAUAAUGUUACAGCUGGAGCCACCUUCCCCACAGUCACACUAGACCUGCCGUUCAACUCCAUCAGUGUAUUGGAACACGGCGUAUUUUCUAACCUCACCAGCUUACAAACCUUGAACAUCUACAAUAACCGGAUCAGUAGCAUCCAGCCUGGAGCCUUCAUGGGAUUGGAAAACGUCACAAAGCUUGAUCUAACCAGCAAUUGGUUAGAGUCCUUAACACUGGAAAUGUUAUCUGGGCUGUAUUUGGUAGAAAACCUGGCUUUUAGCUACAAUGAUAUAGCAUAUAUGGAUGAGAACAUUUUGGGUGGUUUUCCGUGGUUGAGAGUGCUGAAGCUUGGGUCAAACAAGCUGACGUCUUUGCCGUCGUUUGCCACAAAUCCUCUCGAGAAUGUUGAGCAACUCUACCUUCAGUACAAUCGCCUAUCCCUGGUCCCAUCCAGCACUUUGAACCAACUGCCGAACCUCACAACACUGGACCUGUCAGGAAACCAGUUUACCCAGACAAUUCUCCAGCCAUUUGCAGGGGUUCCUCUUCUCCAAAGCCUUCAGUUGAACGACAUAAAAACAGAACUGUCCUCUCACUUUACUGGAAGUAUUUUCUUAGGAUUACAAAAGCUCGCUAUCUUGGAACUGAGUAAUAAUAGCAUGGAUGCCAUUCCUUCAAAUCUUUCCGAGUAUGUACCAAACCUUGAGCAACUGUCCCUUCAGCGCAAUAAUCUGACUCAGAUUCCAAAUAAUAUCCUCUCCCCCCUCCCUAAGUUGACCCAUCUUGAUUUUUGGUUUAAUACCAUCCAAACAAUAGACACUGAUGCCUUCAGUGGUCUUCCAAUGCUUAACAAUCUAAUCCUGUCCAACAACUUGUUGUCCACACUUCCUGAGGGGACAUUUGAGAACAUAAUUCAUGAUGCCUAUGUGUACCUAGACAGCAAUCCCUUUAGUUGUGAUUGCCGCUUGGCAUGGCUGAGAGACUGGUACGAGUCCUCGAGUGUUAACAGACUUUUCUAUCCAACAUGUGACAAGCCCUCUGGACUGAAAACUCGUACGAUUCCCGAUGUACCGUCCGAAAGCUUUAUCUGUGUCGCCCCAGACAUAGUACAGGUCACAAAUGACCUGGCAGCAGUUGGAGAAGGGACGGUGACGUUACACUGCAACACCACAGGUUUCCCUGCACCUGUCGUCAGUUGGACACUGCCGGAUGGAAGCACACAGACUGGCAGCACCAUACAUGUCGUCACAGCCUCACCGGACAGUGAGGGCACAUACACAUGUCAGGCCAGCAAUGCUGGAGGCAACGACACACUUUCAAUAGUCCUUAGCAGCCUUUCACUUUCUCCACAAAACAAGGAGUUUCAGUUCAAAGAGGAAAUCACAAGUAUUUCCACAUUCACCAAUUCAUCUUUAGCCCCAGCAGUGAAUAUACAAAACGUUUCAAGGGGCUCCAGUCCUGUUAUUGGCAUUGUCUUUGGCACGCUGGCCUCUCUUAUCAUAGUUAUCAUGGUUGUUCUUGCCUUCACCUGUCACAAAGGUGAUGGUUGGGGUCAAACGUCCUGCCUGCACCAGAAGAGGAAAAACAAGAAGGCAGAACGAGAUCAGGAGGUUGUUAUCACACUUGAGGAUGUAGAGAUUACACCAACAGGGGAGGAGAACAUAUAUUCCACCCCAGAAGAGAUGCCAUGUCCUGUGGAACACUCCUCUACUUUGAGCAACAGCCAUAUAGGACACUCAGGACUGACACAAACUGUGACAACGGAAAACAAAUGUGCAACUGACCAUCACUAUGAGAUAGUACCCUCCACUCUCAAUCACAGGUAUGGAAAAAUGAAUGGGAAAAGCAUCGGGUCUAUACAACCUGGUUACAACAAUCCAGAUGAAUCCUGUCGCUCUGUAAUGCCGAAGGAAAGCAACUCUCCGAGGUCAUUCCGGGCAGUUCUCACCUCACCAAUAAACCAUGGCAGUUGCAGUAAUGUUCGAGAAACUGAUAAUCCCAGGUCCCUAACACAUGGCAAGAUGGUGAUCCCUGACCAUGGCCAGAAUAGGCCCACUCUCCCAGCCAGGGUCCUCAAAAAGCCGAGUGAAAAUUGUCAGUCAGGAUUCACACAUGUCCCGGUCUCAAGUUAUCCUACUGAGCCCAUCUAUGAGAACAUACAAGAGGACAACCUCAGUGACAACCAAACAAGUCGCACUCCUCUGAGUACAAGAUACACCAUACCGUUUGGUUACCAUUCAGUUGCAUCAGAAACAACCACCACAUGGCCAAAGCCACGGAAUCCAAGGCACAAGGAAGACCUCUGGCGAAAUACGCUGCCCAGCACAGGCAGAGGUAAACACAGCAACGGAGAGCUCACAAUUCCUGGCUCCCGCCACUACAGCCCUUCUAGUCAGAACAGGCAACAACACAGACAUCUUCAGAUGACACUAAACGUGGGUGGUGGCUUGGUGUCCGAGGCAGGGCCAAUACCCACUGGCAAUGCCCCUCGGAAACCAGAGCAUUCAAGUUCAAAAUUCCGUGCUAUGGCCCACAUGCUAACAAACACGGAAGGUGGGAGGAAAGUUCUAAGAAAUCCUUCCAAAAAUCUAUCCAAUAAGCAUGACCUCCCUGAUGAAGCAAGAGAUUCCACUCCCAAGUCCAAACCUGACACAAAAGAAAAACCAAAGACAAAGGACAGAUACAAAUCUGAAAGAGCAAAAGCUGGAGACCAGAAGACGCUGCAGAAGGAAAGAGAGCCUCUUCCUGCAGGGCUAGUCAUGAGUGUUGCUAAAUCUGUAAAAUCAUUCAGGACAGGAACACAGACAUCCGAUGGUGUAAAGCCAGACCAUACAGGAAGGUCAAAAAGUGUGUCUAAGCCUUGGUAUUGAACUGGAAUUUCCUGUACUCAUGCCAAAAUGUAUACCUGCCCUGAUUCUUUUAAAACUAUAGUAUGAAUCAUCAUAGCUGUUCAAACUGCUUUUUUUGUGCAAAAACCUUUUGUUCAUUACAGAAAGCAAAAUCUAGCUGGCAAAAUCUUUGAGGCAUAAAGAAAGGAACAG